AUGUUUUUUCAUAUUGCAAUCAGUUGCUCCAUUCUUCUAAUAGCACACAGUUGUGGACCGAUGGAAGGUCUUCCAAAAAGCAAUCGGAUAGAUUUAGAUGUUCAGAACCCAGCACAUCAAUAUUCGCGUGCUUGUGAUAUGUAUCCCUGGAUCUGUCGUCUUAAUCAUAGCCAGUCCAAUAAUAUCACUAAUACUAUGACAGCGAGAAUUCCUCGCAGAAUAGUACCAAUAUUUACGGAAGUACUGGAAAUUGAUAUUACAAGAGCGCCAAAAACAUCGACGACUACAACUGUAGCAAAGACAACCGAAGAUCCUACAACUAUAAUGAAGACAAUUGAGGAUCUUACAACUGGAGAGCCUGUAACUGUAGCAACAACAAUCGAAGAACUUACAACUGAAGAACCUACAAUUGCAGCAACAACAACCGAAGACCUUACAACUGACGAACCUACAUCUGUAGCAACAACAACCGAAGACCUUACAACUGACGAACCUACAUCUGUAGCAACAACAACCGAAGACCUUACAACUGACGAACCUACAUCUGUAGCAACAACAACCGAAGACCUUACAACUGAAGAACCUACAAUUGAUGAGCUUAUAACCAAUGACCCUAUCAUCGAAGAGCCUAUCACGAUCUCUCGCCAAUUCUAUGAAGUCUCGCCAAUCCUACUUCCAAGCCAACCACAAA